GAAAGUCUCACGUUACUUGACUUGCCCAAGGUCACACUAGUAAGGGACUGGAAAGGUUGUCGUGACCUCCUAGGUUGGUGUAAGAAGCCGUGUGCCAGACUGAGAAAGCGCAGCCUCUGCCACCAGCUACCUGCCCCCUCCCCCAAGGCUUGGGUAUGGGGGUGGGUAGCAUCUUGAUCGCUUAGCAAAAGUGAGAAAUUUCGAUUCUUCAUUUCCCUAGGAAUCUGAAUCAUUCCUGUUUUCUUCUUUGGCUUAGUCCCUAUCUUUUUCUUUUUAUCCCCCGCAGCCCCUCCCCACUCCCAAUCUAUUCAACCCCCUUCGACCUUCCAAGUCUUCACCUUUCAGUCUCUACAGUCUCCAUCCUAGGGCUCCCCUGGGAUUCUCGGCUCCGAUGGUGGAACGUGAGGCAGGGAAUCCAAAUCGUUUCCCCUUCUUGCUAUCCUAAACCGAACCGUCGAGAACACCUGAAGCAGAAAAACGUAGACUUCUUGCCGUCCCCCAAACCCUCUCUGGAAACCCCAGCCCCCUAAGGCCUCUUGCCAUCUUGGCCUGCCAGUCAGUCCUGGGCUGGGCUGGAACUGGGCUAUAGGUGCUGUGAGAGGCCUGCAGGUGCCUCCUGGGGGAAGCGGUGGAGAGGGAAGCUCCAGACUCCCCAGGCCUGAGCUUGAUCCUUCCCUCUCCCAUCCCCCUUUCUAGACCAACAAGAUGUAAAUUACCCACCCAGAUAGGUAACCACCUGGGGAUGGAGGAGAGGGCGGGAUGAGGCAUGGGGUAAGUAAACCGAAAAAUAAGGAUAUUUGCCUUGAGAACGGAGUUGGCAUCCCAUCGUUUGGGAGGGACAUAAACAUCAGAAGGGGCAGCCAGGGAGCACAUAUGAUUGGGAGAUAAAAACGUUCUGCGUACUAGGGAAAUAUGUUUUGGGAUGUGGAGGGAAAAGGGUUCUCCAGGACCGCACGCAUGGAGGUCCUGCGUUUUGAGAUUUGGGCGCCAGCCACCCUCUAGCAGGGAAGCUGGGAGCCCAAGUGAGUAUACCUGCUGCGCCCACCUCUUAACUUGUGGCCCCCCACUGCUUCCACCGCUUCCCUCGAAGUACCAGCCGCCCAGGAAACCGCUGGGGGCGCCCAGACCGCAGCCCCCCCAGCCGCCGCCACCCCAGCGCUCCCACUGCGACCGCCCAACCCACCUGAAGGGGCCGCGGCUGCCAAGGGGGGCACCCUCCCCUCUCCCCAGUCUCCCCCCACCAGCAUCUGCGGGCGGCUCUAUUUAUAACUCCGGUGCCUAUUCCGAGCCUCGGGUGCACAGCCGUCUACUCCGGCGCUCUAAUCUCCGCUGGGAUCUUUGCGCCCCCCAGGGCCUAGGCAGGGUCCAAGACUCCGCCAUGGGGGCCUCAGUGGCGUGACUGUGAAGCCCCGGCUUGCGCUCCAUUUUUCCUCUUCCCAGGGGAUUCCUAGGAGUUCCUUUCGGGUCUGGGUUCUCGCCCCAUGGUCCCGUCUCCGCGUCUAGCUUCCAAUUUCCAGGGUUGCUUCAGUUCACUUGGAAGCCACUAGAUGUCCGUGCUGCUCCAAACGCCGACUCGGAAAGACCCCUCUGUUUCCCGAGAAAACCCCUUCGAGUCCCCAGGACCUUUGCUCAAAGCGCACCCCGUUGUCUCCUUCCCUUUCCCCUUCAGUCAUACGGAGCACGGACUUUAGCACUGCCUGCUAGGGCACUGGGUGGGAGAAACACAGACAACAUUCCCUCCCCACCAAUCCCCCCACGUCCAAAACUUCCAAAUAACCACCCUACAGUUAGGUGGGCAGUGUAUUAAUAUUGCUCACUCAAGGCUUUGAGCCUUCAUUGUGACAAACGAAACCUGGGUUCAGAAAAUAGCGGUCACGGAGAGCAGAAUUUUCUGGCACCGUAUAUGUUUUUGAAAAGUUAUAUUAAAGAAUCCCUCAUGGUGUUUCUUAGGUGGACUGAAACCUUGUCUACCGUUAGCCUACGUCUGCCCCAGCCCUGCCACCGAAACAGGCUUCCUCUACCCUGAACACCCUACCUAGGACAGCUCAGACUGGAACCUCGCUGACGAAGAAGGGAAACAGUUUGUGGAGAGAGGAUGGAACGUGCUUAUGUAAAACACUCUCCUGUCUCGACACUCCCCAGUGCCGCAGAACCACAUUAAAAUUGGGAAAUAUUUAACAAAAUAAAUACCAAUACAAUAAAACAUA